UUAUGCAGCCCUGAUAGCUGACUGGCCUGUGGUGGUUCUAGGCAUGUGUACUGUGUUAAUAGUGGUGUGUGCAUUGGUUGGCAUAUUAGUUCCAGAUCUUCCAGACUUCUCUGAUCCUUUGCUGGGUUUCGAGCCAAGAGGGACUGCAAUAGGCCAGAGAUUGGUCACGUGGAAUAAUAUGGUGAAAAACACAGGGUACAAAGCAACAUUGGCAAAUUAUCCUUUUAAAUAUGCAGAUGAACAGGCUAAAAGUCAUCAGGAUGACAGAUGGUCAGAUGAUCACUAUGAGAGAGAGAAAAGGCAAGCAGAUUGGAAUUUCCACAAAGACAGCUUUUUCUGUGAUAUUCCAAGUGAUCGAUACUCACGAGUGGUGUUUACUUCCACAGAAGGAGAGAACUUGUGGAAUUUGCAUGCAAUUAAAUCAAUGUGCAAUGUAGAUAAUUUGAGGAUAAGAUCUCAUUCCCAAUUUGGUGAUCUCUGCCAGAGGACCACUGCUGCUUCAUGCUGUCCCAGCUGGACGCUGGGCAACUAUAUUGCCAUUCUAAACAACAGAUCGUCAUGUCAAAAAAUUGUAGAACGAGAUGUUUCUCACACCCUAAAGCUGCUUCGUACAUGUGCCAAAUACUACAACAACGGAACCCUGGGGCCAGAUUGCUGGGAUGUGGCAGCCAAAAGGAAGGACCAGCUCAAAUGUACAAAUGUGCCUCGUAAAUGUACAAAGUACAAUGCUGUUUACCAGAUUCUGCACUAUCUAGUGGACAAAGAUUUUCUAAGCCCAAAGACUGCUGACUAUGUCUUGCCAGCUUUAAAGUACAGCAUGCUUUUCUCUCCAACAGAAAAAGGAGAAAGCAUGAUGAACAUUUACCUGGAUAAUUUUGAGAACUGGAACUCUUCUGAUGGUAUAACGACCAUCACAGGGAUUGAGUUCGGAAUAAAACAUAGUUUGUUUCAAGAUUACCUAUUAAUGGAUACUGUGUAUCCUGCCAUAGCCAUUGUCAUUGUUCUCUUAGUCAUGUGUGUGUACACGAAGUCCAUGUUUAUCACGCUGAUGACCAUGUUUGCCAUAAUUAGUUCCUUGAUUGUAUCUUACUUUCUUUAUCGGGUAGUAUUUAAUUUUGAGUUUUUCCCUUUUAUGAACCUCACUGCAUUAAUUAUUCUUGUUGGAAUUGGCGCAGAUGAUGCUUUUGUCCUGUGUGAUGUUUGGAACUACACAAAAUUUGAUAAAUCUCACGCUGAUACUUCUGAGACGGUCAGCAUCACCUUGCAACAUGCUGCUCUUUCCAUGUUUGUAACCAGUUUUACCACCGCGGCUGCCUUCUAUGCUAAUUAUGUCAGCAAUAUUACAGCAAUCCGAUGUUUUGGUGUUUACGCUGGCACUGCCAUAUUGGUGAAUUAUGUUUUAAUGGUAACAUGGUUACCAGCAGUAGUUGUGUUACAUGAACGGUAUCUUCUCAAUAUAUUCACUUGCUUCAAAAAACCUCAGCAGAGGGUAUAUAGCAACAAAGGCUGCUGCACAGUAUUGUGCCAAGUGUGCCACAAGAUUAUUUUUGCAGUCUCAGAAGCAUCCAGGAUAUUUUUUGAAAAAGUCUUGCCAUGCAUCGUUAUCAAGUUUCGAUAUAUUUGGCUGUUCUGGUUCCUUGCUUUAACUGUAGGUGGAGCAUAUAUUGUAUGUGUUAAUCCAAAAAUGAAAUUACCAUCACUGGAGCUCUCUGAGUUUCAGGUGUUUAGGUCUUCUCACCCUUUUGAACGCUAUGAUGCAGAGUACAAAAAGCUUUUUAUGUUUGAACGUGUCCACCAUGGAGAGGAGCUCCACAUGCCAAUUACAGUAAUCUGGGGCGUCUCUCCUGAAGAUAAUGGAGAUCCUCUAAAUCCUAAAAGUAAAGGAAAGCUGAAACUAGACAGCAGUUUUAAUAUUGCAAGCCCAGCUUCACAGGUCUGGAUUUUACAUUUUUGCCAGAAGUUAAGAAAUCAAACUUUUUAUUACCAAACUGAAGAACAAGACUUCGCAAGCUGCUUUAUUGAGACAUUUAAGCAGUGGAUGGAAAAUCAGGACUGUGAUGAGCCAGCUCUUUAUCCCUGCUGCAGCCAUUGGAGAUUUCCAUACAAACAAGAAGUUUUUGAGUUGUGUAUCAAGAGGGCCAUCAUGGAGUUAGAAAGAAGCACUGGGUACCAUUUGUACAGCAAAACCCCAGGGCCUCGCUUUGACAUAAACGAUACCAUCAGGGCUGUGGUACUGGAGUUCCAAAGCACCUAUCUCUUCACACUGGCUUAUGAGAAAAUGCAUCAGUUUUACAGAGAGGUGGAUUCAUGGAUUUCAAAUGAGCUUAGUUCUGCUCCUGAGGGUCUUGGCAAUGGAUGGUUUGUGAGUAAUUUAGAGUUCUAUGACCUGCAGGACAGUCUUUCUGAUGGUACUCUGAUUGCCAUGGGUCUUUCAGUUGCUGUUGCAUUUAGCGUAAUGCUGCUUACAACUUGGAAUAUAAUUAUAAGCCUUUAUGCAAUAGUUUCUAUAGCUGGAACUAUAUUUGUCACUGUUGGCUCUCUGGUUCUUCUUGGAUGGGAGCUAAAUGUGUUAGAGUCUGUCACUAUUUCUGUAGCUGUUGGCUUAUCUGUGGACUUCGCUGUUCACUACGGAGUUGCUUACCGCUUAGCUCCUGAUCCAGACCGAGAAGGAAAAGUCAUCUUCUCUCUAAGCCGCAUGGGCUCUGCAAUUGCAAUGGCUGCGUUGACCACAUUUGUGGCUGGAGCAAUGAUGAUGCCUUCCACGGUCUUAGCAUACACCCAACUUGGCACUUUCAUGAUGCUUAUAAUGUGCAUUAGUUGGGCUUUUGCAACCUUCUUUUUCCAAUGCAUGUGCCGUUGCCUUGGACCUCAAGGCACUUGUGGCCAGAUUCCUCUGCCAAAAAAAUUGCAAUGCAAUGUCUUCUCCCAAGCUUUGUCAGGAAGCCAAGGAGACCGGGGACAAAACAAAGCACAUCCUGUCAACACAUUUCAGUUGGAUUCCAGAGGGCAAAAACCAGAAAUGGAACAGGAGCAUUAUGAGUUAGAGCCUCUGGCAUCACAUGCCAGUAAUUGUAAUUCAUCAGAGAAAGUAAGUUAUGAAGAAACCCACAUCUGCUCAGAACUUUUCAAUGGCAGACCCCCAAAUGCAUGCAUGUCUGUGCAUUCAGCAUAUAACAGUGAAUUGAAUAAAAGCAUCAGAAAUGAAGCUGGCUCAACCAUGGUACAGCCAUGUGUCGACCAGCAUACCGUGUGCCCACUCUCCUCUCAGAACAGGCAGUGCAGCUGUCCAGAUGCAUAUAGGCAGUUAAGUGACACUUUGUGCUAUCAAUGUGCUCCGUCAUCUGGUAAUGUUGUGCAGAUCCAAAACUCUGUGCCUCCUGUAAAUGUUUUACAGCAAGCUAUUGAAAGCUAUGUUCCCCCAGUCCAACAUGUGCUCCAUUGCAGUUGUCUUCAGGGGAGACUGAAAAGACCCAGGAUGCAGAACUCUUUGCCUAGAAAUUUUUUUCUGCAUUCAGUACAGCAGUUUCAAACACAUGAAAGAAUAAACAGGAGAGAUACACCUAGUCUUCAGAAUACAGAGGAGAGCAUAAGAACUCUUCCAAAGGUAACAAGCUCCUCACCGUUUAUCUGCAGAAGUGCUGGUUCUCUUAUAAAACCUUGUUCUGAAGCUGAGAAUAAUGUAUCAAGUAACCAAAAGGGACUCUGUAAAAUCAGAGACAAGUGUGAUUUAAGGGGUACAGAAGUAAGUGGGAAUGAAGACAAGAGAACUUCAGUAUCAAAGCAGAAGAAGAUAACUGAAAUCAACAUAGAUCCGAAUCCAUCGCAAACUGAACAACUUUUGGUGGCUGACCAAAAUUAUCAGAAACACAUACUGAACAAUACAGUGAGAGAGGCUGGGUAUGAGUCUUGCCCUGAAAAUACACAAUAUUGUAACAGAACUAUAACAGUGAAGUGCAAUUCUGUUGACGGUCAAAUGCCAAACAUUGAAGCCAAUGUGCCUGCUCUGUUAACGCAUCCAGAACUUUCCAAUGAAAGUUUGUUAAUAAAAACGCUAUAAUAAAUCUUACAUUUGGCAAUCCUAUGUCUCUUUUAAAAUUAAUGUAAUUAAAAAACAACACUAUGGAUAAAACAAAUUAUAAUUUAUAUUGUAGCACCAUUUUGAAAUGGAAAAUCUAUUUUACCAAACAAUGAACAUUUGUUAAAAUUAGUUAAAAAACUCAUUACUGUGUAAUGAAACCUGAUAUUGUUGAGAAUGACUCUCUGUAAGUAGUAAGAGGGCUUACACUUAAUUUAGUUUUUGUCCCAGAUAUUUGAGUCUGAGUUCUCCUUUUCCCACCAUGCUGAAAAAUAAAGCAUUCCAAAGAGACUGUCCCCUUUCUCAGACCACGACUUAGGAGAUUUGGUAAAAUUUUGAGGGAAGGGGAUGCUGCCAUAUUGUCCAAGUAUACUCCCUACUCUAUUCCUUUGCUCUCUUAGCAGGCUUACAGGAGCUAUGAAUGAUUCAAAUCUAAUCAGCCCUUCUGCUGAAGACAAUGCUGGCACCUGAAAGAGCUGGAAUUGCCAUGGUUGUUUUGAACCUAGAUCUCCUGUAGCCCAUGUUCUCAGUGUGUUCAGUUGGGAGUAUGUUUAAUUGUUAAUGUGAUAUUCUAAUGAAAUAAGAAAAGCAGCCCCUUUGGAGGUCAACAGAGAGAAAUGCACUGGAUGCCAUUACUAGAUAUAUAUAUAUAUGUGCUGUAUAAUAGCACCCAUUUAAUACUGGCCAUUAGUGACAGUUACUAUAUAGAGACCUCUUAUAAGUAAACAAUGGUAACCUUAAUUCAGAUGGUAAUUGGAAAAUGCCUACUCUUUAAUGACAAUAGCAGAGAAAUCGCAUAUGUAAUUUAAUAUUAAAAUCAGGAGUGAAAGACCUUCCAAUAUAGUAUUUUUCACUGAGUACUGUACAAGUUGGAAGUGAAACCCCUGCAGAUGAAGCACGGUUGAUAACUGUGCUAUAGUCUUGUUGAUGAUAGGCUGGAGGAGGUCAAGUCAAAAAGGCUUUAAACAAUUAGGUUUUAAUUUCACAUUGAGGUUUGCUUAUCCAAAGGAGUUCCAAAACCUGACAUAAUUACAAAUAUUGGUCCAAGCCACAUAACCAAGAAAUUGGAUUACAAGCAUUUUGUAUUCACAUAACUGCAGAGUUUUGUCAGAUGUCAGAUAUAGAUUUGUCUUAUAUACAGCUGCAGGUGUCAGUGGUUUGCCAAAGCAGAUUUCAGAAAUGAAAUUUUAUAGAGUAUCUUAACUCAAUAUUUGUUAGUGUUUAAUCUUGUGCCCAGUAAUUGAGCUGUUACAGCAAACAUUAUGCCGAAUUUUUUAAAGAUAAUAUAAUUGUAAAAGACUCAUUUAAUAGAAUGGGGUGUUGUCCAAUAUUAAGCACACUAUGAAUCAGUGAAAGAGGAGAGUAAAUUUUUCCUGUUCUACGUUUCAUGUCCAAGGGACGUGACAAAUCAGUGUCAUGUGACAAACCACUUCUCUUUUAGCUGGGACCCCAGCAUGCUCAGAUACCACAAAGAUGGGCUCAGCAUAAGAACCUGAAGAUGAAAGAAUAGACUAGAAUAGCAUAAGAGAUUUGCAUAGAAUAAUUGACUUCCCUACAUCUACAAAUAAAAUACAGAUUUCUAUGGCUUACAAAUCUUCACUAAAUUCAGGGCCAAAUCGUGCCCACCCCCUUAUGCAGAAGCAUAAAGGGGAGGGCCACCCAAAGAAUCUCCCCACCAAACAGGGGCUGGACAUUGGACACAUUUUCUGGCUCAGUAAAUAACUGUGGGAGGUUAGCAGUGCUAGCAACUCUCAAAGGGAAUGGGGGAGGUAAGAUAGCCCCAAUGGCAUCAACUAACAGAGCUGACCAGUCAUGGAAGGGAGGCUACACUGUACUUUCUUAAAGGGCAGGGGCCCAGUAGCUGUGCUUUCUUACAGUGGAAUGUUUCUCCAUAAUGCUUCCUAGAGCACCUGCGGUGGUGGAGUUGCUAUAUAAGGCACGGUAGAGCUAUGAGAAAAUAAGGUGUGAAAUAAAAGGGGAAAGAUGUUGAUGCUAGUUUAGGCUGCCUUCACUCUAGUCUCCCAAAGUACAGUGUAAUGCUUGUGCUGCUUUCGCCACACCUGUUGUCAUCCAUCUUCAUGCCACUGAAAUCCAUGGACCGUUUGCAAGUCCCUGGUUCAGACUGCUGUAGUGCUGGGGCACUCUACAGAGAUGUAUUGGUAAAUUUGGCAGCUAAUUACUAAAUAACAUUUUCAUGAAGGCUCUUUGCAUAAGGAAACCCUGUCCUACAGGUCAUUAGUAAAUGUUUUUAUAAUAGGGGAGGUAAGCGAUAAAGGAGCAACCCAAUAUUUUAAAAUAGCGAUGUGUAUGUUCUUAAGAAGGGCUGAUAUAGCAAAACUAUCUGGGUAGAUAAGGAGUCGUGAAGUAAUGUGUACUUACAAAAGAUUAAAAUUAGCUAAGGUACUUGGCUGAUGAACAAUAGCAUUUACCAUUUGUGACUUUGUACUCUGAUUACAUCCCUGCUGAAAUCUUUAUUCCUGCCAAGUCAAACUUAGCUGGACAAGUAGCAAUCAGAAAUAUCUAAAGGAGAAUGAGUUCAUUGUUUGCAUAGACGGCGUUUCUUUAUAACAGAUGUGUGCAUGUGCGUUUCACUUAUGUAAAUGCACAUGUAUACAGUACAGCGCAUAUCCACACAAGGCAGACAUUCCAGCUCCAACUCACCCCAUGUAGUGGGAGGGAGAGAAGAAAAGAGGAGCUCUCAGUGACUGCUGGAGGCAGGUGAGGCCACGUGGGACUCUUCCCCCAGGGAUCCUCCCCAAGGAAGAAUCGAAUAACAGUAAUCCACCCCCCUCGGGGAAGCUGCCAGAGACUGCUAGGAGCAAAUGAGAGAAUGUGAGAUCUUUCCCCACCCCACGAUACUGCACCAGCCCCACACAUACAUAGGGUGUAGAUAGCUAGAAUUGCCAAUGACUGCAUGGAGGUAAGUGAAGCACCUGCCCACAAGAGACUGCAGCAAACUUUGACCAUGGGCAGAGUCUCUCCGGCUGUCUCUCCUACCCCAUCUCCUAAUGAGCCUGAAUCUAUAUGUAACACACCAAAUAAGUGUGCUGUGUUCCCCAUGACCAGUCUGCAUAUUGGAUAAGAUCCCUCUACUGCUAGCAGCUAACAGUUAUUCCUUGAGCUCAUGUGAUCGAGUCCUAUGUUUUGGUGUUUAUGUCCUGAGCUCUGUCCUUGCAGAUGCCUGACAAUGGGCGUUUGUUACAUGUGGCAAGGGCUUGGUACGGUAGAAGGGGAGGGUACAUUGGGGCAGCCAUAACAGAGCAGGUUGGUUGGACUACCAGUACAAGAGGGAAGGAUAAUAGGAAAAGAUGAUCCAGAGGUUGGGAAGAAGGAAAAAACCCCAACAACAAACCAAGAUCUAACAUAUAGAUGACAUUUUGUUUUCAUGUGUUGUCUGUCAUGUCUAUUUAGAUUGUGUGAUCUUUGAGAUAGAGACAGUGUCUUCCCAUGUGCUUGUACUGGAUGGUAAGUAACAUCAUUCUAAUAAAAAUAAUGUAUUUAACAAAAACAAUAUACUAGGAAGGUUAUGCUAAACCCUUUAAAAUAUCUUGCCACACCCAAUAUGCAAGCAUUCUACAUUUAGCACAACUCCUUCAUGGUUGGGAGGAGCAGCUAAUAGUCUCAUAAAAUACAAGAAAACAAGCCACAUUUUUAAGGCUUUCUUAGCUGAAAGGCUUUUUUAGCUUGUAUUCCUCCAAAUUAAAACAAACUCCUUUAGUGAUCAUCUGACAUCAGCUGUAACUGGUUCUGUAUUUUGGCAAAAUGGGAGUACUCCCUUGAAAGUGCCUUGAAUUUGGAAGACCUCUGAUUUUGCCAAAUGGAAGCUGGGCAGUCAAUCCAAGAGAAAUCAGAACUUAUAGGUUAACCUGUUACAAGAUUUUAACUCUGUAAGAAAUAUCCAAAGUGAACGCGAAUGCAUUUUAUUUUAAUAGAAAAUCUUACACUACUUCAUGUAAGUAGCGGAUGGUUUCAAAAAACUGAGGGAUGCUUCUGCUCAGUGCUUACUCAGAUAACACUCCAUUGAGUUAAUUGAAAUUGACCUUAAUAUUUUUGCCACAAGCUGGCAAACGAUAUUAAAUUUCAUUUGUAGCAACGGCAUGUAAAGAAUUAGUAAUAGUAUUUGAAUUACAGUAGCAAGAACGGGGCACCAUUGUGCUAGGCACUGUAUAGACAAGACACACAUCGGGAGACCAUGACUGCAUUAAGGAGUUCACACUCUGUAUAGGGAAAGUAAAGGAAGCGGACUUACUCAAGGUCAUUCAGGAAGAACCAGAAUUGAAUCCAGCUCUCCUGAAUUCCAAUCUGGUGCCUUAAUUACAAGACCAUCCUUCCUCUUUGUGCUUUAUUUCAUUACCCUUCACUUGCUGAUUCCUAAGAUACUGUACUUGUACA